ACAAAACUAGUAAAAUUAAAUUUGGGAGCCUUACUGAAGUUGCAGACAUAUUAAUUCCUGCAUUUCUAGAGAAACAGAAUCUCAGUGCUUUCUUAGAUGGCAUUCGCAAGUGGAUACUGGACUAAAAAGGAAGUAAAUGGAAAUCCUCCAACUCCUAGACAUGGACAUGCGUUGGUAAUGGCUGGAAAUAUAGCAUUUAUAUUUGGGGGCUGCUCCUUUUAUAAUGCUUCUGAUGAUCAACCAACAUAUUUUAAUGACUUCUACAUGUUGACAAUUACUCUGACUGAUUUGAUGUGGGAAAAGAUACCACAGGAUGGACAUAUUCCGUGCCCACGACAAGGGCAUUCACUUAGUGUAGUAAAAGGCAAGAUAUAUUUAUUUGGAGGUUGUUCAAGCCAGAAUGCCGUGUAUUGCCUUCCAGGAGUCUAUGUCUUUGAUCUUGAUUCUCUAACUUGGCAGAAAAUCACAACCAGUGGUCUUGCUCCUCAAACUCUUGAACACAGUUCAGCUGUGGUAGGCGAAAACAUCUUUGUGUAUGGUGGCAUGGAAGAUAGUAAAGCAGUGGAUGAUCUCUAUACAUUCAAUACAGUGUCUCACUGUUGGACUCCAGUGAAAACCUUUGGUUCAAACCCUCGUGCUAGGUCAGGCCAUGCUUUUGCUGCCAUUGGAGAAAUCAUCUAUAUGUUUGGCGGUCGUUCCAAUGAAGAUGAAUAUUAUACUGAUGUGUAUGCACUGGACACAGUAUCUUUAAUGUGGAAAAAGUGUGAAGUAAAGGGAGAAAAGCCUUUUGGAAGAUCACAUCAUACAUUUACAGCACACAGUGAUAAGGACAUUUAUCUGUUUGGAGGAACUUUUGAGUUCAAAGAUGGCAAAAUCAUUUCAAAGAAUGAUAUUAUGAAAUUAAGUUUAGCUCAGAUGAAGUGGAAGAAGCCACUGUACAUAGGGAUCCCUCCAGCUUGCAGAUGGAAUCAUGUUGCAUUUAUUCUCCACAAUCAACUCUAUAUUUUUGGUGGAAUUAAUGGGAAAGAAUUCAACGACCUCAUGGGAAUGAAACUGAUAAAUCCUUCAGAGAGACGACUUUUUAUGAAAGAGAUUUUUUCAGAACUGGGAAUCCAAGAAAUAAGCAGCAGUUUCACUGCCACCAAAAUUCCUAAGGUGAAAUAUGAAUUGAAAGAACAUUCUUCGCCGCCUGCAUCAGUUUCACCAGCACCUUCAGCUGCAAUAGAAGAGCUCCAGGAUUUCCAUUCUGUAUGUAACCAAGCAAUAAAAAUGAUUACAAAGGCUUUCGGAUUAUUGGACUCUGAAUUUCAAAAACUUAAUAUGAUAAAAGCUGAACUAACUCAGGCAACCAAGGCUUUUCAGCAUGAAAAAGAUCAGUAUGACAAAAACCUGGAAAACCAGCAGAAGGAGCUACAAGUGAUGCUAGAAAAACACAAAGUCCAAAACGAAGCAUGGCUCAAAGCCAGAGCUGAGGAGAAUGACAGGGAAAAGGAGGAACUCUUCAAACUGAGAGAGUGGACAGAAAGUGAGCAGGGAGAAAAGAUCUUAAAACUAUAUCAUGGUCUAGGGAAAGCUAUAAGAAAAGGCAAACGAGAAGAGAAAUCUUGCUACAUUGGUGAAAGUCAAUUACGAUAA